ACACCACUACCCUCUUGGCUCUCAUGAAAAUGGAAGCUAAAUCUUCACUUUAUGCUUUCAUCUUGAUCUUUGGCCUUCUAUUUUCCCAUGGAAUCAUAGAAGUUGUUUCUGGGUCUUCCCUAGAUGCAGUUCCUUCUCAUUUUCCUUACAAAUUUAAGGUAGUGUCUAACAAGUAUGGUGGUAAAUUACUACAAUCACCCCAACCCAAUAAACGACGUAGUCAAUAUCGGCCCGGUCCUCCUCGGCGGAUUCGUCCAACAACACUGUCCCGCUCCACGCUGAAUCCUCCAUUUCACUUCAAAAGUCCUCCUACUUAGUUUUCUCCACCAUCACGGUCCCGUUGACCGCCAUCACCGCCCGGUCUUCGCUAAGUCUUCGCUCAUUUUUGUAUGUUCACUUUUAUUUUGAUAUGGAAUGUACCUUCUUUUUCUUUUUCUUUUUCUUUUUUUUCAGUUUAUUUAUGAUCUGCGCUGGAUAAAGUGUAAUAAUUGUGUAAUAAUUCUUAUCUGUUUUC